CACAGGUUCAUCAACCUACUCUUCUUAUUACUGAAAACUAAUACAGUUGAGUGUCUAAAUUACCGCCUACGAGAUUUUACCAAACUCCUAUACUCGUUUUGAAAAACAAGAAGCGAGCGCAAAGAAAUCAACUGCUUUAUGAAAGCUUAUCAGUAAGGCAUUGGGUAUUGAAUGCGGUUAUUUAAAAAGACAAGGACAUAAUAGUCAUUUUCUUAGUAUUUUAUUAGACAUAUGCAAGACGAACAAGCAGUCAGGAGGAUUUUUGAAACUGUGGACAGGAACAGAGACGGAAAUAUUGAUCACACGGAGCUACAGUCGGCACUAUCAAAUGGUAUAGGUACACCGUUCAACACUAGAACUGUUCAGCUGAUGAUUUCAAUGUUUGACCAAGACAGAAAUGGAACCAUUGAUUUAAGAGAGUUCGCCUAUUUAUUCAAAUAUGUUCAGGAUUGGCAACGGUGUUUUCGUCAAUAUGAUCAGGAUAGAUCUGGAUUACUCGAUGCUAGAGAGUUCCAAAGUGCAUUGUCCUGUUUUGGUUACCGACUCUCUCCUUGUUUUAUAAAAAUGAUGAUCGGUCGUUUCGACCGUAAUAAACAAGGACAGAUCGCCUUCGAUGACUUUAUUUUUGCUUGUGUAUGUCUCCAAAUUCUCACAAACUCUUUUAGACGAUAUGAUAUAAAUCGUAAUGGAUAUGCACAAUUCAGUUUUGAAGAAUUUUUAUCUUCUGCUAUGUCUAUAAUUAUUUGAUAAAUAUAUCUGUAAUAAAAAGAAAAAACAAAACAAAUGGUUACUGUACAAAAGAAAAAUAUACAGAUGGUCAUUAUCAAUCACUUCACUUCUAUAUGGUAAUUGUUUUUGUUUGUUUGUUAAAUUUGUUUAUUUUAUUUAGUCUUCCUCUUUUUAUUGAACAAACGAAAGAAAUAAACAUGAUUAGAAUUUCUUUAGUAAACCUAAAUUAACUUUAAUUUUAUUGCAUUGCUUUACGCUAAGGAAUUCCGUAGAACUCUUCGAUUGUUGUUUCUGUUAUGUAAACUUUUUUUAAGCUUAUCAUUAUGACACAAUUUUGAGUUGGAUUUUUGUACUUGCUUCAAUUUUUGAUUACUAUUUUUUCUUUUCUAUUCAGCUAUUUUCUGUUGUUUUUGUUUGGAGAAAAAACUGAUAUUGUUUUUUACUUGUUUGUCUUUUUGUUUACUUUUUGUGAAUAUCCAAAAUCAUUGCAUAAACCACUUACUUUUUCAUUCACUUGAUGAUAGGAGUUUAUAAUCGAUAUGAAUCAUUCAAUCUAUAGCUGAUUGAUAGUCAAAUAAAAGCACGGUGCAUAUGUGUAACUCACAAAUAUGAUCGUAAUUUCGUAUACAAUAUACAAGUUUGUUAGGGAUAUGAGUUAAUUAAUAACUAAAGAUUUCUUUUGAAUUAUAGUCCAACAAGUCUUAUCCUUUCUAAUGGUUUCUUUAAACUUUUUAUUUAUUAUUUAUUUAAAUACGUAAACAUUGGUACAAGAAGGCAUCAAAUAGAUAUGCGCCACAUAAAUCAUUCGGUUUAUGUGAGGGCUGGAAUACUACCCGGGUGCCCAAACCGAACCACGUGGUUUGCUUAGGGGGCCACACCUCAAGCCUUCGACUUAAAGGUCUAAUCCACAAGGCAGUGGAGUAUCGUAAGGAGAUGCAGUCCCAUUGUAGCCGG